UAUAUCAUCUUGCCCAAGACCGCAAAUCUUAGCAUCCAACCCACAGGAGCUGGAAUCCCCUUGUUCAGCAAAAGCAUCUUGUCCUUUUUUGGUUUGUUUUUUUUGGUUUGGUCUUUUCCCACAAAUUCGAUCAUCAUCGUCAACUCCCCAGUUUUUUUCCACUCCUCCUCAGCCUCCGAGGACUCUUCACUUUGAGAAUAUAUAUCAGUCCCCGUCUUCCCCAGUUCCCACGUGUUUCGUUUGUUUUAUCAAACACACCCAACCCUCACUCGCAAAGCCGCUUUGCCCGCCCACACUCUCCUUCACGAGCGAACGACUUAUUCUCUGCGAGAUUCAAACGUGCUUCUCCGGCCUCUCGCUUCGACUAGACAUCUAUACUACGAGGACGAGCAACUGGCUUCCAUCGUACAGAAGACGACAAAGUUACACACACACACACACACACACACACAACACUCACACACACAGAGUCCAAGAUGGAUCGCAGAGAUCCAACAAGCUCGGCCUGGACCGAAUCAGAGGUGUCGACACGCAAGAAUUCGGCGGAAUGGCAGACGUCAAGGCCAAACUCCCCCAAGCUGGCACCGCUGGAUAUGCAGUUCGACAAGGGCAAGGCGAAUGAGACACACGGUUACGCCACGUCCAUCACGCCCAUCGUCGAGAAGGGUGCCGCGCCCGAACAUGGCCACGACGGCCACGGAGACGGCCACGUCGACAUCAACGACCCGAACCGGCCGAGGAUGGCCUUCAAGGCGCGCCUCCACCACUUCACAUGGGCGUGGUACACCCUCACCAUGAGCACAGGGGGCCUCUCGCUCCUCAUCUUCGCGCAGCCGCACCAAUUCCCCGGGCUGCGGCAGAUCGGCACCGUCGUCUACGUCGUCAACAUCAUCCUCUUCGUCCUCGUCUGCUCCGCCAUGCUCGCGAGGUUCUUCCUCUACCCGGGCGACAUGAAGAGGUCGCUGACGCACGAGCGCGAGGGCUUCUUCUUCCCGACCUUUUUCCUGUCCAUCGCCACGCUCAUCACCAGCACGAACCGGUACGCCAUCCCCGAGCACGACGAGACGCUCGUCUGGGCCAUCCAGGUGGCCUUCUGGGGCUACCUCAUCGUCACCCUCAUGCUGGCCAUAGGGCAGUACAGCUUCGUCUUCGCCAAGCACAACUUCGGCCUGCAGACCAUGAUGCCCACCUGGAUCCUGCCCAUCUUCCCCAUCAUGCUCACGGGCACCAUCGCCUCCGUCAUCGCCGACACCCAGCCCGAGAUCGCCGCCGUGCCCAUCGUCGUCGCCGGCCUCACCUGCCAGGGGCUCGGUCUGUCCGUCGCCGUCCUCAUGUACGCCCACAUGGUCGGCCGCCUCAUGUCCGCCGGCCUGCCGAACCGCGAGCACCGCCCGGGUCUGUACAUGAACGUCGGCCCGCCGGCCUUCACGGCACUCGCCCUCAUCGGCAUGGCCAACGGCCUGCCCAACAACCUCGACCCGGACCGCGACGGCAUCGUCAUCGACGCCGGCAUCAUCCGGACCAUCGCCCUCAUGAGCGCCAUCUUCCUCUGGGCCCUCGCCGCCUGGUGGUUCGGCAUCGCCACCAUCGCCGUCAUCUCGUCGCCGCCCGUCUACUUCCACCUCGGCUGGUGGGCCAUGGUCUUUCCCAACACGGGCUUCACGCUGGCCACGAUCUCUAUCGGUAACCAGCUCGGCAACGAGGGCGUGCUGUGGUUCGCCACGGGCAUGAGCCUGUGCCUGCUCGGCGCCUACUUCUAUGUCCUGUACAACCACGUCAGGGCCGUCAUCGUCCAGGACAUCAUGUACACUAUGAGGGACGAAGACUUUAACGACCACUAAAGGGGCAAGAGUGGAGUGGGAUAGAGAGUCUCUCCCUUGGUCAGGUUGGGCUUCACUGUUCAUGCUUCAAAUGUUCAUGGAACCGAGAACUUCAGGCCUGGGAGACAGAAGAGAGGGAGAGAGCAAGAGAGAGACGGAGAUGGUUAUGGCAAUAUUUCCGCUCUGGCCGAGCGAAGUGGCGUUAUCAUUAUUUGGGAGGGCUCGGGGGAAUCAGCAGCAUAUCUUUCCAUCGUCAUCAUCAUCAUCAUCAGCGUGAGAAAAAGCGCGCGAAUUCCAAAUUGGAUUAUUCUGUUUUUCAUUUUCUAGCUUUCUUUUUUACAAAUACCCUCCCACGGUCUCUACCUGGUUUUUUCCCCCCUUUCUUUUUUAGCCCGCUCUUCAUCCGUCUUCCGUCAACAACAUUGGACUUCUUUCACUCAUGUACGAAACCCGAACUCAUACAUGUAUGCCAUCAGACCAAAACACGAGGGCAUUGGGCCUGGUUCUGUCACACUCAAUACAUAGACUUUCUUCACAUCUAGACAUCAGACGGGUAGAAUAGCAUGGCACGCCUAUAACAGGAAAUGCUCAACAAGUCAGUCAUCCCGAGAUUAAGAACAAAACACUUUGCUGCUUGAGAGCGCUUCAUUCAUACUUUGUCCCCGUCCAACUAUGCUCUCAGACGUGUUCCUCACCUCUCUAGUCUCUCUCUCUCUUCCCCCAGGCUGCCACACAUUUGCCCCAUUCUCUCGUCCCUCUUCUCAGACCAUCUCAAACUCGUGAAC